AUGGCGGCGGCGGGCGGCGGCGCAGGAGGGAAGGUGUCCUUCAAGAUCAUCCUCACCUCCGACCCCAAGCUCCCUUUCAAAGUGUUCAGCGUGCCCGAGGCGGCGCCCUUCACCGCGGUGCUCAAGUACGCCGCGGAGGAGUUCAAGGUCCCGCCCCAGACCAGCGCCAUCAUCACCAACGAUGGAGUUGGCAUCAAUCCCCAGCAAAGUGCAGGCAACGUGUUUCUGAAACAUGGUUCGGAGUUGCGCCUCAUCCCCCGCGACAGAGUUGGCGCUAUGGUUGUGCCUUCCUAUUAG